AUGACAGAGAGGAAAAUGUGCAAGUUCUACAAUUUAAACGUACCUGAACGUCGAUCUGGGGAAGGUGGCCAGGGUGGCCACGGUGGUGGCGUUAACCAGAACCACGGUAACAAUGAAGAGGAUGACAGGAACUCUGACGAGGCGACGCCGCCUCCCGUGCCGGCGCACGAGCAUAAGCUCGAGUACUCCUACUGGAUGUGGUUCUCGCGGCGUCCUCCCGCGCGCGAGCUGUCCACUACUCCUUCAGGCUACGUUCAGGCGCUACGUUUGGUGGGUAGGGUGGCGAGCGUGGAACAGUGGUGGGGUCUGUACACGCACCUGGCGCGACCCUCGGAGCUGCCGCCGCUGUCCGACCUGCACCUCUUCAAACUGGGCAUCAAGCCCAUGUGGGAGGACCCCGCCAAUGUCAAUGGAGGGAAAUGGGUUGUGCGGCUACGCAAAACACAGACGGGUCGGGCAUGGGAAGAUUUGUGUAUGGCAAUGUUGGGGGAGCAGUUCAUGGUCGGCCCGGAGCUUUGCGGCGUUGUACUAUCCGUACGGUUCCAGGACGACCACCUGGCGGUGUGGCACCGCACGGCGUCGGACACGGCGAUGGCGGCGCGCGUGCGAGACGCGCUGCGCCGCAUCCUGCAGCUGCCCGCCACCGUGGCCAUCGAGUACAAGGCGCACGGCGACUGCCUGCGCGCGUCCGCCAGCCGCGCGGCGGCCGACGAGGCGCCGAGCCCGCCCAGCCCCUCGCCCUCGUCCUAG